AUGGCUGAACCAGAGCACACGGCACUCCUUCUCAAAUGCUACACCAAGCUCAAGGAUUUCACCACGCUGGAGGAGUUUCUGAAAACCACACCACCUUCUCAGUACGAUCAUGCGACCGCCAUCGAGGUGUUGGAGUCGGCAGCAUACCACGGGCUGGCUGCAGAAGUGGCUCAAAAGGUGGGCAGUCAUGACGACUUUGUCCGAAUCUCCUUGGAGCAGUUCAAAAACUACGACACUACAGUCCAGUUCUUGCAUUCCUUACCACGUGUCGAGGCAGGACGAAUUCUGCUCAAUUAUGGGCGGACGCUGAUGCGUCACGCACCUAAGGAGACCGUGAAACUAAUUCGUCACGUGUGCAACCUUCGCGGCCAGCCGAUGGAUGGCCAGGCAUUCCAAGCUGAGUGCCAAGGUCCGACUGUUGACGAGCUGUUGCCGGUGUUUGCUGACGACCUGCAGCAGCUUGAGGUCUUCCUCCGCUCCGUCUUGGUGGAUGAUGGCUGCCAACUGCCGCAGGCCCAGGCAGAGCGGCUGUUUCCGACACUCCUGGAGUUGCUGGUGAAGUCACACAGCUCUCUGCUUGCAGACGGAAACAUCCCUGCCGAGAAGCAGGAGAUCGCCAGCUGCAUAGCGGCAGACAUCAUGCGGCUAAUCCGGCAGUAUCCCAGCGAUGCUGCUUUAGCCAACACCUUGAUGGUCUGCCAGGCUUUCGGCUUUGUGGACGGCUUUUUCCAUGCUGCGGAGAGAUUGCACCGACACCAGCUCCUGAUGCAAUGGUGCUUUGAGCACAAGGAUGCAAAGCGUCUCCUGGAAGUCUGCAAGCGCUACGGCUCGGCAGACCAAAGUCUCUGGGUGCAGGCUCUGUCCUUCCUGGCCUCCCCGGAGAGUGGAGGAGGCCACCUCGAGGAGAUGGGCGAAGUUCUGCGGCACAUCGAGGACAGUGAUCUCAUGCCGCUUCUGCUCGUCAUCGAGACCCUCCGCUCAAGCAACGAGGUGACCAUCGGUGACGUCCGUCCGUACUUGCAGGCCCAGUAUCGUCGGCUGGUCGAGUCUGCGGAGACCUCCCGGGCUAAAUCGACUCAGGAUCGUCAGGAGAUUGCUCGCAUGCAGCAGGAGAUCAUCCAGCUCCGGACGCAGGCCAAAGAAUUUCAGAACACUCGAUGCUUCCAGUGUGGUUUGACGUUGGAAGUCCCUGCUGUGCACUUCUUCUGUGGUCAUUCGUAUCACGCUUACUGCGUGCCGCCGGAUGGCACCUGUCCGAAGUGCUCUUCGGGAGCUCUUCCGAAGCUUUCACUAAAGGAGCAGCGAGAAGCUCAGGCAAGAAAUGCAGAGGACUUCUUCAAGUACCUUCAGGGUGGAGCCGGUGACCGCGGCAUACAGGCGAUGGGAGAGUGGUACACGUGGGUGAAUUCUCGCUUCCCACUCAUGUCCACAGCUUCGUUGCAUGUGGCUGAAUUGGACUCUCCGUUUGCCGACAGCAGACAUCAAGAUGCUCAUGUGAAUAUUGUGAUACCCAAAGGUUCUACGAGGAAGCAAGCAUUAAGCAUCAUUCAUUUACAAACAGCCGCGUUCUACAAGAAGGUUGACCUGGAAGUGACCAAGGAGUAUGUGUCCACCUUGCAAGCAUCCACGACCUUUGAUCAUUUCAUGGAGGUAGCAUCGCAGCCGGAGGAUGUCCAAGUACAGGCAUUAAACCAGCUUGGUUUGACACUACCACCUGGAUUGAGCUCCAACCCGAAUGUGAGCAAGGAGAAGGCCCUUGAACUCUAUUUGGCCAUGGUCAACAAAGCAGCCGCGAAAAAGGUUGAGCAGGACAAACUUGCAGCCAAGACCGCCAAGGAGAAGGAGCAGCUCCGUGAUGCUAUUCGUGCUAAGGACCCCAAGAACCUCUUUGAGUCGGCAGUGAAGCAAGCUAUGAUGGACAUGUCCAAGCAAAUGGUGGAUCCGCGGGUUGAUUACGCGCAGGCUUUGGCUUCGAAUGAGAAUCCCAUCAACCACAUUGACUGGACUAAGGAAGCCCCACCCAAGCGAAGAUUCACUAAGUCUGAGCUGGCUCAAAGGACACAGGCCAAAGCAAAAGGAAUGCACAACACUAAGGAGCAUGCCCACAAGGCAAAGGCAAAGGACAGGAUGCCUUGA